AGCCCCAUUUCACCUCUUUCUCUCUAUCCUUUGCUUCUUGAUAUAAAGAGACCGAGGGAGAUACCCUUUUCUUCACAAACAUUCACCGUAGAGAGAGAGAGAGAGAAGCAGAGAAAAUGAAUGUCCUAGUGUCAUCAGAGUGCAGUAGUGGGUGUGAGUCUGGCUGGACUCUCUACUUCGAGCACUCUGUCAACCCCUCUCGCAGAGACCCUACCUCUCCGUUCCUCGAUGAGAGAGAUGACGACGACGACAAUGAGCUAUGUGAUGAGAAGCGAGGCAAGGGCAUUGAAGAUGAUGAGGAGGAGGGCUUGUCCAUGGUGUCUGAUGCAUCCUCUGGACCCCCAGUCCACUUUCUUGAAGAUGUAGGUGACCAACAAGGCCACUUCAACAACGGAAGUGACCAUGACCGAUGUGUCCGUCCCACCGUAAAAGCUCCCAAAAAGAGUGGGAAGAGACAGAGAACAAGGGAACAACAACGUCCACGGCACUACAAGAUGAAUCAGGACUCGCCUUCUUUGCUCGACGACACUGCGACCUCUCCCAUCAUCAACUUCUUCCCCACGAAUGACUUGAUUCUUAGUGAAAGGCCAGGUUCAAUGGAGAGCGUCCUGGAAUUUUCUGAGGGAAGACCUGCAUUUCACGACCGGUUUGGCUUCAUGCAGCCUCCUCACUCUGGGAAACAGAACGACCAGUGGUUCGGAAGGAAUGGCAUGCAGUUGAGAUAGAGUGACAAGGUUGAACCUGUUGCAGAUUCGUUGCUGCCACAAUGUUGGGACUCAUGGCAUGCUCUAGGUCUAGGAGACAUGUCUGAAAUAGGAGGGGAGAACGAAAGAAAGUAGAAGAAAAGAGGAUGUUUGGAUCUCAAAGAGAUCUGUUUACUCUUUAUCAUCUCCCUUUUGUUUUUAAUCUACGUAGCAGGCACGACCCAAGAGGAAAUUUGGAAAAUAAGAUGUAAUUUUCUUGCAAUGAUCUAUCCAUGUCUGCAUUGCGGGUAUUCUCUGUUCAUCCAUGCCAUUCCCUGCUCUAUCGUGUAGGCCAUUGCUUAAUGAUUUUUUAUGUCUUCAUGUUCAGAGCCAACAUUAUCAUUAUGAGCCUGCCUAAACAUUGCAAAAAGGGA